AUGAUCCCCGUGUCUCUGCUGGUGUGUGUGAUGGCAGCCUGGUGCGCUGUGUACCUGACCGACACUCUGCUCAGGUCGUCAGCGACACACAGGAUCAGCUAUGAGUCGUGGCUGGCGAGUCGAGGCCUGAUGUUGUCUCCCUUUCACGUGAGGUGGCAGACGACCAUGUUCAACCGGCUGUUUGCGUACUGCGCCCGCAUCAACCCCCGAGCCCUUCACCUGUGGUUCAACAGUGGUCUGGUGUUCGGUGUUGUGGCCAUGGUGGGAUCUGUGGUGCUGCUGAUAAAGACGCUGCAGCAGACGCUCGCUCAGAUGACCUCAGACAACCCGCGGAUGGAAGGUCAACAGGCGCUGCAAGUGGUGGUCCCUGGUGUCAAUCUGCCCACGAAUCAGCUCGCCUACUUCUUCAUCGCCCUGCUGCUCAGUGGAGUCAUACAUGAGCUGGGCCACGCUGUGGCAGCACUGAGGGAACAAGUGCGAGUGAACGGCUUCGGCAUGUUUGUGUUCGUGCUGUAUCCCGGUGCCUUCGUGGACCUCUUCACCACUCACCUCAACCUCAUAUCGCCCACGCAGCAGCUUCGCAUCUUCUGCGCCGGAGUCUGGCACAACUUUGUUCUGUGCGUGGCAGCCUUGGCCUUUCUCUUCCUGUUGCCUAUCUUUCUAUUUCCCAUGUACUCCACCGGAGGCGGAGCGCUGGUUAUCGACGUCGUGCAGGGCUCAGCGGCAGACGGUCCUCGGGGUCUGUCGGUCGGAGACAUCGUGAAGGGGCUGGAGGACUGUCCCGUCAGGGGGGUGGAGGCCUGGAGCAGCUGCCUGUCUCGCCUCUCUCACACUCCACAGACCGGAUACUGUGUCCCUGUCGCCAGCCUGCAGCCCAGCUGGGCUCAUGGAAGAGCUUUCAAGCGUCUGGAUGGAACGAUGGACUGCUGCAGCAACAACAGCCUCACAGAUCUCUGCUUCUCCUACAUGAAGCCACAGGGUCGAGGCAGCCGAGAGAAGGAGUUCGCCUGCAUGCCGGUGCGUAAGAUGGUGACGGGGACGCGAGUCUGUCGCAACGACGAAGACUGCGCCGCACACGCUCCCAGCGCCAGCGUCUGCGUCACCCCGUCUCUGGAGAACCAGACCCGCUUCAUCCGUGUGACACACCCUCCGAACACGCACAUGCUGUUUGUGGGCUAUCCGCCGCACCUCCAGUACGCAGUGAGUCUGACCAACUUCAUCCCCCGCUUUGGUUUCCUUCAUCUGGAUCUGCCCGUCUUCUUGGAAACGUUCUGCAAAUACGUGGUGUCCCUCUCCGGUGCGUUAGCCGUAGUCAACUCCGUGCCGUGCUUUGCUCUCGACGGUCAGUGGAUGCUGAACGCUCUGCUGGAGGCCACGCUGGUUACCGUGGUAACAGAUCGUCAAAAGCGCGAGCUGAUCGGCUUCUUCCUGCUGCUGGCAGGCAGCGCCCUACUGGCGGCCAACGUGGCGCUGGGCCUGUGGAUGGUCACGGCGCGGUAGGCGCAACGGUUAGCUGUCUAAAAAAAAAAUGGAAUGUGUGCAUCCCUGCGUGGACAGAGAUGUCCUCUGAGGACGUGCUCGAGAUGUGCAGACCAUUAAACUGUGAACUUACAGGGAACAGACUGCGUUGCCGAACAAUACUGUCAAACUUCUGGAGACUGUUGAGCAGAACAUCGCUCUGCCAGGAAAAACCAUAAACGACUCACUUCCUCCACAUCGUUUCCGCCAUAAACACAAAAGCACAUAUACAAAUAAACAAAGCGCUUGCUGCAAAGCACCGUCCUGUGUGACUGUUUACAGAGACUGCACAGUCUUUACAAAUUUAAAUAUCUUUACUGUUUUGAAAAUUGAGAGAAAACCAUCCUUUUAAGGGUUUGACUCUUGAACGCCACAUUUCCCUGCUGAACGACAGUGUUUGUUUUGGUCUAAACUAAGUUGAACCUUAGUUUUAAAAGCCUUCAUUUUAUUGGCUAAUGCAUGGCAAUACUUUGAUUUACUGCCACAUAUCAGAAGAAAGAACGGCCUCUUCAUGAGUGUGAACAUCAGGUCAUGAUUUCACGAAAGCUGACUUCCAGAAGAUCCAACAAAUGUAUUUGAAAUGAAACAUGAGCUCAGUUCAGUGUCUUUCUCUUCCUCGACAUUGUCGCCGAAAGCGACUGAACUUUAUCCUCCCAAAGUUGAAUUUUUACUCUCGGCCUCUCACUGUUUGUAAAAGUUGAUUGUGAAAGCUGUGGAAUAAAAACUGGUUUUAUUUAA